AUGGCUCAAAUUCGCCCUCUCAAGUCUCAUUCGUACUCAAAUUUGGAUGAAGUGACAUUCACUCACCUGAAUUGGGUCCUUGCACUGGAUUUUACGACCCAACAGCUCAUAGGUUCUGCCGAGUAUACCUUCCAUCAUACAUCUACUUCAUCCUCUGCUCUUGUGGUCUUAGAUACGCACCAUUUGAACAUAUUCAAGGCUUAUGUCGAUGACAAGGAGACAACGACCUUCACUCUUGCCGACCCCGUGCACCCCGUUUUUGGACGAGCCCUAAUCGUCACGGUCCCGUCUCAUGCUACCAAACUUCGUGUGGACUACACGACCUCUGCCGCUUCCAGUGGGUUACAAUGGCUUAGUAAAGAGCUUACAGCGGGGAAGACACAUCCCUAUUUGUUUACACAAUGUCAAGCCAUUCAUGCACGUACAAUUAUACCGUGUCCGGAUACCCCAGCUUGUAAAUUUACGUAUACUGCAACGGUGACUGUUCCUGAUUGGUGCACGUGUCUGAUGAGUGCAAUUGCUGUUCCAGGAGAAGAAAAGAGGGAUGUUUCUAGUAAAAACGAGACGUACCAAGUCUCUUUUCAUCAAUCUGUUCCCAUUCCUUCCUAUUUACUAGCAAUUGUUGCUGGUAAAUUAGAAAGUGUUGAUCUUGGACCUCGUAGUCGAGUCUGGGCAGAACCGACGGUAGUGACAAAAGCUGCUCAUGAGUUUGCACAGACGGAAGCUUUUUUGCAACAUGCUGAAGACAUUACAGGACAAGAAUAUGUUUGGAAACGAUACGAUCUUGUUUGUCUCCCCCCUUCGUUCCCAUACGGAGGAAUGGAGAAUCCGUGCUUGACAUUUGUAACACCAACUUUACUAGCAGGCGAUCGUUCUCUUGCUGAUGUCGUGGCUCACGAGAUUUCCCACUCGUGGACGGGAAAUCUCGUCACGAAUCGAUCGUGGACGGACUUUUGGCUCAAUGAAGGCUGGACAAUGUGGCUCGAACGCAAAAUACAGACUCGUAUUGCGCAGGAUCCAAAGGCCUACGAUCUCAAGGCUGCAAUUGGUUUGCGUGACCUUGUGGAAGCGGUGGAAGAAUUUGGACCCAUGCACCCUUUUACGGCACUGGUACCUAAUACGGACGGCAUUGACCCUGAUGAGAUCUUUUCGUCGAUCCCGUAUGAAAAGGGGUUUAACUUUUUGCAUUACCUGUCAACGGUAGUUGGAGGUCAUCAAGUGUUUGACAAAUUUGCGCAGGCGUACAUUCAAGAGUUCAAGUACAAGACAAUCACGUCAGGUGAAUUCCGUGCAUUUUUCGAAAAGUACUUUGCGGAACAGAAAGAAGCAUUGAGCAAAAUUGAUUGGGAAACGUGGUAUCAUGCGCCUGGCAUGCCGCCUGUUGCAAACAAGUUUGACACGACUCUUACUAGCCAAGCGACGAAUCUAGGCGAACAGAUGACUGCAAACAGUGACUCAGACACGUGGACGAGCGUCAGUCAGGAUGUGCUAAAGAAGUGGCCGGCCACUCUGUGGAUUUUGCUACUAGACACGUUAUUGUUGAAGCAGCAAGACGUGACGUUUACGGCUGCGCAUCUAGAUGUGAUCGAUUCCUUCACACACCAUCACCUGACUACUACGCACAAUUCAGAGCUUCGAUUCCGCUGGUACACGUUAUCUCUUCGCUCGGGCGACUUGCGUGUGCUUGACAGGACUGUCGAGAUGCUUAAGGAACAGGGCCGUAUGAAGUUUGUACGUCCGCUCUUCCGAGACCUAUGCACUGCCCUGGGUGCUGCCCAGGCUGAGGCCAUCUUUGCGGAUUGCAAGAACUUGUACCACCCGAUUGCAGCUAAGAUGAUCCAGCGGGACAUUGAGAACAGUAUCGCGAAGUCUAAAAGCAGCAAGAUGAAGUUCGCGUCGCCGACGACGCCAAGUGCUCUGGCGCAAUGGCUGGGUGUGUCGGACGAGGUUGUGAAUUACACCGCUGUCGCAGCUACCGUUGCGGUGGUGGCACUAAUUGUCAUGUCUCGCCGUCAAUAA